AUGACGCCAAUGGCUUUCAAAACGUUGAGGGUAUUUUCCAUUGUCUUAAUGCUGCAUCUGUGCUACCAAAGUACAAGUGGAAGAACUAUCGACGAAAUGAUCGCCAGUUCCUCAAAUAAGAUGACCAGUUUUGAUAUGAUCGAGGACGAGCAUGUGACAGUUUUGCGGCUUGAGCUGGAUAUGUUGAUGACAGUUGAUCAGUACCUGGCUCUUUAUGGCAAGCCGAAUCUCUUGAACUCAGCCAAUUCCAAAACGCCUACACGAAAUAAAAGGAAAGCUAUCAAGAAUCUGAACACCCGCUGGACCAAUAAAAGAAUCCCAUACCGAAUUGCGCCUUCCACAUUCUCAAACACAGACAAUGCAGAAAUCAUGCAAGCUAUUGGCGAAUGGGAGAAAUAUACCUGCAUCAACUUUCAGCCAGCGACAAUUUCUGAUUCCAAUUUCGUUAAUUUCGAGGACGGAUCAGGUUGCUCUUCUUAUAUUGGAAUGAUAAGAGGCAAACAAUCCGUGUCUCUAGCAGGUGGUUGCAGGUUCAAGGGAAUUAUCGCUCAUGAAAUAGGGCAUGCUGUUGGUUUCUUUCAUGAACAGAAUCGCCCAGACAGAGAUGAUUACGUCAUUAUCAAGAAGGAAAACAUUCUGCAUCCAGAUGUUUAUGACAAUUUUAAGAAGUAUGAUUGGUCAGCUGUGUCUAGCUACGAUGUCCCGUAUGAUUACAAGAGCAUUAUGCACUACGGAGGAACAGCGUUUAGCGGGAACGGUAAAAACACUAUUGUAACCAUAGAUCCAGCAUACCAAAAUGUAAUUGGUAACCGCGAAGGAUUGAGUUUCAACGAUAUCAAACUUGCUAACCUUAUGUACAACUGUAACGAGACAUGCAGCUCGUCAAUCAGGUGUCCGAAAGAAGGAUUCCUUGGAAAAGACUGCCAGUGUUGGUGUGCUGGUGACCCAGUGAGAAUAUGUGACUCAAGCAGUGUGAAGCCAACAGCGAGACCCACAAUUAGACCCACGGCCAGACCCACAGCCAGACCCACAUUGAGACCUACAGUUCGCCCGACCACAGAAAUAAUCAAUUGUAAGGAUAGGAAUCCCAAUUGCCCAUCGUGGCAGAAAUCAGGUUUCUGUCUGAGCAGCAAUUAUGUGAAAACCUUCUGCCAGGCAUCUUGUAGAAUGUGUGAAGGAGACCGUCAAACACCAUCUCAGUGCAAGGACUUUAGAAAUUACUGUCCUGCCUGGGGUAAACGGGGAUAUUGCUCUGGCACCAUGGCCACAUUCAUGCGUAGUUAUUGCCCUGCCACAUGCGGGGCGUGCAACAAACGAACAUUAGUUCCUGAAAUGGCAAUUGGCACUAAGGUUGGUUCGACUGUAGAUACUGGGGUAGAUGGCAACUCUGGAAGUGUAAACAAUGGUGGCUUUGCCUCUUCAUCCUUAAGUUUUUUCGCAACAUUACUUUGUAUGCUGAUAUCUUUUGUUGAUAUGUUAUAA